UCUAAUUGCAUAAUCAUUAAUAAAUAGCUUAACGUGCCACUGCGUGCGCGUGCGUGCGUGUGUGAGUGCGCCCGCUUGUGUGUGUGUGCGUGUGUGUUUCCCUCUUUCACUGCAGCAAUAUCGCAUGUUGCACAUAACAAAAUGUUAAAAAUGUUCCACUUACGUCAGUUGCAAUUUAUUCUAAUAAUAAUUUCCUGCGUACUGUUGAGCGUUACGCCAACAAAAGCAGCAACAACAGCAGCAAAGACAACAAAUGCUACAAAGGGAGCAACAGACACAGCAGCAGCAACGGGAGCGGAGUCAAUAACAGCAAAAAAAGGCAAGGCAUCAAUAUUCGCUGAUGUUGUAACAGCGGGCGCGCCCACUGUCGUCUCAUCCAUCGUAAUUCCGGGAAAAUAUCAUGCCUACACACAACACUUGCCGCAAUCAACAUACAAAAAGGUGCAUGUGUCAGCAACGGCAACGGCAACUCAUCAUCAUCACCAUCAGCUGAAGCAACAGCAGCAGCAGCAACAAAACCAACAGCAACGACAACAGCGUGUGGACGUUGUCAAACCUGUCGCACUUGCCAGCGCUAAACUCAAAUCCAUCAGAAAUUGGUUUGGCAUCUUUAAUCGGAACAACGCACAGGCGACGGCGCAUGACACAACGACGACAACGUGCAAUUGCAGAUGCGGCGAGCGCAACGAUGAAUCGCGUAUCGUGGGCGGCCAGACAGCCGGCGUCAGCGAAUACCCAUGGAUGGCACGGCUCAGCUACUUCAAUCGCUUCUACUGUGGCGGCACGCUGAUCAACGAUCGCUACGUACUCACCGCUGCGCAUUGCGUCAAAGGUUUCAUGUGGUUCAUGAUAAAAGUAACAUUUGGUGAACACGAUCGCUGCAAUGACAAGGAACGACCCGAAACACGUUUUGUGUUACGCGCCUUCAGUCAGAAAUUCAGCUUCUCCAAUUUCGAUAAUGAUAUCGCUUUGUUGCGCCUCAAUGAUCGUGUGCCCAUCACAAGUUUCAUACGACCAAUCUGCUUGCCACGCGCUUUUGAACGCAAUGAUCUGUUCAUUGGCACCAAAGGCAUGGCGACCGGUUGGGGUACGCUGAAGGAGGAUGGCAAACCGUCUUGUUUGCUGCAGGAGGUAGAAGUUCCAGUGUUGGAUAAUGAACACUGUGUAGCGCAAACGAAUUACACACAAAAGAUGAUUACUAAGAAUAUGAUGUGCGCCGGCUAUCCGGGCGUGGGUGAGCGUGACUCCUGCCAAGGCGAUUCGGGUGGGCCGCUGGUGCGCAUGCGCCCCGAUGAUAAGCGUUUCGAACAGAUUGGUAUAGUAUCGUGGGGCAAUGGUUGCGCUAGACCCAACUAUCCGGGCGUUUAUACGCGCGUUACGAAGUACUUGGACUGGAUAAUGGAGAACUCGAAUGAUGGCUGCUUCUGCGAUGAAGACGAUUGAUGGGUAGUUGACGGAAGAAGGUUUGGAGGGUUGAAGAUGUUAGUAGAACUGAAUGAUGUGAAAUAUUUUAAUCGGAUCGUUUUCUUUUUUUAAGUAGGGGGUUGCGAAAUACAUACGUAAAUAUGAUCCUGCAAGUUUUUAAUUUGGUUUAUCCAAACCAAGCAAGAGCAUAAAUACACUGAAGUGGAUUAUUUUGUAUUUUUUUCUUAAAUAAAAUUUUGCAUUUUUUAUAUGAAAUGUGCAGCACUAAAUUAAAUAAACAUGUAUGUAGCGAGAAUUAAUAUAAUAAAGUAAUAAUAAUCGUUGGCAAUGAUUGAGAGAGAGAGAGAGAGUCAAGUUAGUUGGUUAUUAAAAACUAUGAUUAAUACGUUAGAGAUAAAAAAAUUUUAUACUGGGUACUGGCUUUCCUAAAAUGCCGCUGUUAAUUGCAGUGAAAUAUCGACGCGCCAAUAAUGAUUUGUGGCAUGCUAAGAAAAGGCAACUAUAAAUUAGGUGUGCUUUUUUUCUUUUGGAUUCUGUUUGCAUCCCGGGAUUACAUAUUUUCCAAAAAUUCCGGGAUUUUCGGGAUUUGUAAUUUGCAAUGGUGGCAAUAAUAUAAUGCUUUAUGUUGACAAGUUUUCGCUAUAUUUCUUUUGUUU